GACAUUCACUUUGACACAUCGAAUUCACGCACACACUGAGAACCUAUACGUACAUCCAUUGAGCGUACUAGAGUUUUUUUAGAAUGAAGUCUGAUUCUGAUACACCAUAUUUUGGAUUUGCGAGGAUUUUCGCGGAAAAUAAAUGUGAUUCGUGGUCGAGAUACCGCAGUUGGAAGGAUAAACAAAAAAGAUGUGAAAAUAUAUUUGAAAAUGCUAAAAUUAUCGCAGAUCUACAACAAAAAGAGACUUUGAAGCUAAGUUUAUAAGGCUUUGGCUUUUGAAGAGCUUUUUUCCCUGAAAGCUUAUCAACAUGUUAAUUGCAAAUGUCACAAUGUGUGUUUUGUUGCGAAUAUUUUAUUCACUUCUCCUUUUCAUUCGUAUAAACAAACGAGUGUUUUUGCGGUGGCGCUCUGAAUGUGUGACCAAAUAAAUGUGGUUUCAGUAAUAAGUCCAACAAAUUCUCGACGGUGGCAAAGUGGCUGAUUUACCAGUGGAUCCACCACCAACCAAUGAUCCAGCUCCGACGAGCUGGUGGGUUCCAAAAUGUUGCGAUAAGAGUCUUUUGGUUGGCACAUUCAAACACGGCUGUGAGAACUACUAUUUGAUGCGAUGUGAUCCAUGCCUUUGCUUUGUCUCUCACAUUGGACCAGAAGAUACACUUGCGGCACCAGCACCAAUACCAAUCGAAGAGGAUGCUGCAUCAAAAACUGAAAAUGUGGAAGAAACUGAAGAAGAAUCAUCUGAGACAAAAGACAAAGACAAAGAAAAGGAGAAAGAAUCCGAAAAAGAGGGUGAGAAGGAGGCCGAGAAGGAGGCUGAGAAAGAGGGCGAUACCGAAAAAGAUGGUGAAAACCCAGCCGAAGAAACACCAAGCAAGGAACCAAGCGAAAGCACUGCAGAACCGAUGGAAACCGGUGAGAAUAAGCCAGCUGAGGCAACUGAUGCCGAACGACCAAAUUCAUCAGGUGCUGAUGAUGAGGUCGAAAGCAUAGCAGGUGCUCCAAGUGUGGCUGGUAGCGUAACUGGUGAAACUCCAGCCGAUAGCCUGAUUUGGCCAUCAAUGCAAGAUCUAAACACUCGGUUGCGACGCGUUAUCACUUCAUACCAGCGCAACUACAAAAAGGAGGAAUUGAAGCAACAACAAAAGGCCAAGCUACAAGCGCUUGUAACAUUGCCACAACAACAGCCAAUUCAAGGGCUACCGACGCAAACGAAGUUAGUGAAUACGUCGACGGCGCAAAUACCACCAAUUGUGCCGUCCGGACAACAACAACAAACGACACAACGGGUCGUCGUCGGUCAAUUACACCAACAACAAUCCCAAAUGCAACAAGAACCGACUGCAGCCGAAAUAAACUUAAUGCUGAAUAGUCUCGGCUUAGGUCUACCGCCCAACGAAACAUUGCAAUUGGGAAAUUGGGAUCUCAAGAAAUUGGCCAUGUACUUGAAAAUGGAAAAACGCGAGAAAAUCGAACAGGCGGUCAAAGAACGUGAACGCGUUCGCUUGGAAACUAUUCCAAAGAAAUGGAACAAACGUGAGGAGUAUGAAUUUUUGCGUGUACUCACCGGCUAUGGUGUCGAUUUGCAAAUUGGUGUGGCCAUUCCAACACCCGAUUGGUCACGUUUCCGAGCCAUUGCGAAAUUGGAUCGCAAAAGUGACGAAGCACUCAGUGACUACUACAAAGUGUUCAUUGCGAUGUGCAAGCGACAAGCAAAUGUUCGCCUGACCGAAGAGGAGAAAGGAUUGGAAGGCGUCAUUGAGGACAUUAGCGAAGAUCAUGCACGUUUGAUAUUGGAUCGCUUGGAAUUGUUGUCGAAACUCAAAGAAGUUGGUAAAACUGCGUUGAAUGACGAACGCUUGAAUUUGUGCCAGAACAAUCUGGACACACCCGACUGGUGGGAGUCUGGCAAACACGAUCGUGAAUUGGUUCGCGCUGUGAUGAAGCACGGUCUUUAUCAAUCACAACAGAAUAUCUUCAUUGAUCACGAGUUCAGUUUUGCGGCAUCCGAACGUGCCUACCUGGAAAUGCUGGAAAAACAAUGGAUUCUAGCACAACAGGCUGAGGCGGCCAAAUUAUUGGUGAAAUCGGAACCAAUCAAAGCUGUACCGUCGACACCACCGAAAGAGAGCAUCAAAGAAGAGCAUAAAGUGGUUGAAGUUGAAAGUGCCAAACCGGAGACAGUAAGCGAUGAGGCAAAACCAGAAACGCCCGAAGAAAGCGGUCCAAGUGAAGAGAAAGAAACGGAAAAAGAGCAAACAGAAGAGGCUAAACCAGAGACCGAAACAACUGAAACUGAAAAACCAACCACAGAAGCUGAGGAAGAAAAACCAGCCGCUGAAUCUGAGGUUCAAAAGGAGGAGCCAAGCACCGAAAAGACCGAUAUUGAAAUGACUGCCGUCGAUGAGAAACCAAGCGAAACCGAAGAAACACCAAAAUCUGAUGAGGCAAUCGCUGAAGUUAAAUCACCAGCAGCUGCUGCGGAAGAGCAAGACGGUGAAAAGAAGGAAGAAAGUGUUCAAAAUGUUGAAAAGGAAGAGGCUACCGAAGAAAAUUCGGCCAAAGAACCAAUUGCUGAGGUCGAAUCACCAAAGCCACAAGAGCAAUUGAAAAUAGACGAAGACAACAAAGAAGAAGCUGAUGAUAGCGAACCAAUGGACACUGCCGAAACAGAAACAGAAACACCACAGUCACCAGAAAAACCAGUUGAAAGUGAAUCUACUGAAAAAGAGGCUGAAGUUCAAACAGUCGAAGAGGAAAAAGAAAAAUCCGACACAGAAACGGCCGAUAUCGAAAUGGCCACCGAAGCCACUGAAGCUGAAAAUGUUGAAAAAGAAUCUCCAAAAGAUGAGCAAGAAACGGUCAAACCAGCAUCGCCGAAACCAGAAACUGAACUAGAGCCUGAAAAGACAGAAUCGGUUGAAAAAGCCGAAACUGUUGCUGAUAGCGAAAAAGAAGAGGCAACAACCGAAACUGCCGAACCAACGGUUGAGGAAAAAUCUGAUGAAGCCGAGCCAAAAUCACCAAAACCACAGGAGCCAAUGGAAACCGAGGAUUCGGUCAAAAUUGCAGACGAAAUCGCUGAGGUUGUUCCACCGAAAUCGCCAAAAGAAACAGAAAAAGAGCAACCAGCCACUGAAAAGGAGGAAUCAGUCGCUGUGGAAGAAAUUAAACAAGAGAAAGAAGCCGAAAGCGAACUAAUUGAAAAGGAAGAGCCAACAGCUGAAUCAAAGGUUGAAUCAAUUGAAGAUGUGAAGCCAGUCUUGAGCCCACUCAAAGUUGAAGAGAAGAAAGCGCAAGAUGAGAAUUGCGUGACUAUUCUUGAUGACGAUGACGAUGUAAUGAUCGUGGGCAAAGGCGAUCCCGACGAUGACGAAGUCAUGCACGAAAAAGAGAAAGCAUCCAUUGAAAAGCAAAACCAACAAUUGGCACAACUGUUGCAACAAACUCGAUUGAAGUUCGAGAAUCCAGUCAAGAUUCGCUGGUUCCACGAUUUUGCAUUGGAGAAACGUGUUUCGCACAUCGUCCAUUGCAUCGAGCAUUCGGAAUGGCCAGUAAAUAAAUCAUACUCAGCCUAUGCAGGUUGCCAAGGCAUCAAUUUGGAUGUUCCAUUGCAUGAAACUGUCAAACACAUGCCACCAACCAUUGACUUGGUCGGCCGAUCAACACCAGAUUUGUUAUCGAUUUCGGGAGAUUUAACUGCCACAAAGAAAAUGCAAUCGCCGGCAUCAGUAUUGCCGAUUCCAUCGCCGAAUACAAAAUACACCAACAUGCAAAUGCCGGUGUUGCCGACAAGUGGCAAGAAACGCAAGCGACACAUUGCAAUCGAUGUGGAAACGGAGCGUGCAAAAUUGCAUGCACUUUUGAAUAAUUCACAAGAUUCAAUGCCCGGUUCGGCACCACAAACACCGGUUCAAAGCAAACCAAUGAACUGGCCGACGGAUGAUGAAAUUCUUCCAAAGAGUGCGAAACGUUCGUUAUCCGCCAUGCAACCACCACCAGCACAUCAACAUCAAUCACAUUUGAGCCGAUCCGGUUCGAACCAACAACAGCAACAACAGCAACAGCAGCAACAACAACAACAACAAGCGGCCAAUUACAGUACAAAAUCGACAAUGUCGGCACGCAUUCCGGGCACAUCAAGCACAUUGACACCAAUCGAUCUUUCAGCCAGUUUGGACCUUUCGUCCGGUCGCAAACCAAUGAAAGAUCGAUUGUCAAUGAAGAGCGGCGUCAUGGAUUUCAGCGAAGUACAAGAUUUCUCCAUUUCAAAGAAAUCAAGCGGCGCAUCACCAUUCGGUGGCGGUGGUGGUGGUGGUAAAGGCAAACUCGACGACAUGUUGACCAAAUUGAUGAAGAAAAACAAUUACCCAACACCAAACGAAGAGCCUCCUCCGGCCAGUGGCAAAGAAAAGCGAAAGAGAAAACUCGACGAAAUUGUUUUCGGUUUAUCAGCAGCAAAAGAACAGAAAACAUUCAGUGAUCCAUUGCUUUCGUCACCAUCUUCGAAAAAGGCACAAAUUCCACCAUCAGUGUCCGUUACACCGGCCAGUGGUCCAUCCGCUUUGAGCAGCCAAUCAACAUCGUCACAGAAACCAUUCAGCGUUACUGUUACCAGUGUUCCAGGCUCAAAUACAAGAUCGUCGAAAAAUUCGGCAAAUCAAGGCAAUACAAAUCUGACUGCAUUACAAAAUAUGAUGAUGGGAACAUCGGGCGCAAGCUCGAGUGCUCGUGCAAGUAGCAGCAGUGCAAGCGCCAAUCCAUUUGGUAGUAUGCAAGGAGCAUCGGCUAAGGAAAUUUUGGCUCAAUCGCAAGCAUUCUUCAAAGAACAACAGAAACUACUGCAGCAAUUACCACCAAACUCAGUGCAACGCAAGACAUAUGAGGCUAUUUUGGCUGAGAUGAAACAAGCUGCUGAGCAAAAUGCUAAAUACGCUGCUGCUCAAGAAGCCAAAGCGAAUCGUCAAAGUUUAGAACUUGAAUCGAAGCGUCAUUCGGAAGCAUCGCAUGCACAAUCGGCAAGUGAUUUCCGUCGUUCGACACGUCAACAAACUCAAACCGGUUCACAGCAAUCACAGCAGAUGAGCUCACAAAACUCCAGUCACCAACAACAGCAACAACAACAACAACAAGCGAUGAGCCAUCAAGCGGCUUUGAAUGCAAUGAAGAAUUUGACGGGCGAAGAAAAUGUGGCUGUUAUCAACAAACUCACUGGUAAACGUAUCAGCGGCAGCAAAGCACCGCAAUUGAAACGUUUGAGUCAAUGGCUCACUGAAAAUCCCGCCUAUGAAAUCGAUCCAAAAUGGAUUGAAUUGUUGCAAGCAACAGCAAAGGCUAGCGAAACGUUGUCAAUGAGCAUGCCCUCAUCGAAACAACAGCAACAACAGCAACAGCAGCAACAACAACAACAACAGCACAGCGCAUCAUCGGCGAGUGCAUCAAAUCCACAUGGAUCGAACUACUCAAGCCAAUCACAGUCGCAAUCAUCAUCAUCAUCAUCGAAGAAAGGCCGACAAACGGCAUUGGAUGCAGCAACUGCAGCGCAAAUGCAACAAUUGGCCAAUCUCACUGGUUUGAAUCCAAGUGUGCUGUCAAGUUUGUCACUUGGCGGCUUUGACCCGAAAAAUCCACUGCUUUCAAUGCCAUUCGCUGGUUUACCAAAUCUGGCCGGCAUGAGCGGAUUGGGCAAUUUGAACAACAUGAACAUGAAUAUGAUUGCUAAUUUGGCUGGAUUAGGAGGCUUCGCCGGUUUGGAUCCACAAAAUUUGGCUGCAAUGGCAGCUACGAUGGCCGGAACGAAUUUGGGUAAUCUCGGUAAUUUGGGAAAUCUGGGCAGCCUUGCGAGCUUAGGCAAUUUGGGCAAAACAAACACGAACCAACAAUCGACUUCGAGCAAAGAGAGAAAAUCAAGUUCAGUAGCGGCACAACAACAACAGUCGCAACAAUCCAGUUCGUCGUCGAAUCAACAACAAUCGUCUAAGUCAUCAUCGAGUGGACGCUUUUCGUUGGAUCCAAGCAAUCCAUUUAGCAUGUUCCCGAAUACAUUGUACACACCAAUGGGUUUGGGUGGCCUAAAUCCGUUUUCGUCGUCGAGUUCGAAUAUGUAUGUCUACGAUCAAUUAGCACAACAAUACAAUUUAUUGAAUGGAAUCUCAUCGGCUGGAAUCACAUCAAACACCAACACAUCAUCGACAAGCACAAGUUCAUCGCGUCAACAAUCUUCAAGCAAAUCGACAACAUCGCGAAUGAGUUCGAGUGCAUUGCCAACGAGUCAAGUGCAGCAAUCGCCAUCGAGUCGUGGCCGCAGCAGUUCGGCAACAUCAAGCCAAUUGAGCCGUGAAGCAGCUCAGCUACAAAGUUUGCUUGGAAUGCCACAAGAUCCACAGUUCUUGGAAACGUUGUCACGUGCAGCUGGUUUGGAUAUAUCUGCGUUGACUGGACGUCCGUCGUCGAGUAGCACAAGCAAAAGCCAACAGCAGCAACAGCAACAACAACAAGCUAAGCAAGAGCGCCAGGAACGCCAGGAACGCCAAGAGCGACAGGAGCGUCAAGAUCGAGAGCGCCACGAGAGACAAGAACGGCAAGAGCGGCAGGAACGUCAAAAUCGAAAUGAUAAGGCAGAAAAAGAGCGUCUCAAAUUGAUGGAACAAUUGAGCCGAAGUGGAUUACCACCAGAUCUUGCUGCAAUGCAAGCCUAUGCCACCAAAUUGGCCGGUUCUUCAAUGUCAUCGGGCUCGAAAUCAUCAUACAAAGAUCCAUCGCAAUUGUUAUCACCCGAACUUAGCCAAGCAUUGUUUGCUGAAAUGGCCGCUCAAAUGGCAGCCGCCCAAAGCAGCUCAUCAUCCUCGUCAAAACGUCGCGAACAAAGAGAACAACGCGAUCAUCGUGAACAACAGCGUGAGCAAAGAGAAAAACAACGCGAUCACGAGCAAGAAAUGAAAGAAGCGAUAAAUCAAUUGAGCAAAUCGCAAGUGGAAUUGUUUGCACGCAACUUGGGUAUGGGCUCUGGCAUUUCAUUAAUUCCAACGUCGUCGUCGGCGGCAUCAUCGAUGUACAGUAGUAUUUUAGAUGAACCCAAAUCGAAACGCUCUCGCAUCAAUCGGUGA